UUUUCACCCUGCUACUUCAGAUGGCAAACCAGAUCCAAUCAUUCUUUGAGACAAGCACAAUGGCACUGUGUAAAGAGGAGACUAUUCCAAUGACCCUGGACAUGCUGACGAGUAAAAAAGUGGAGACAAAUAAUCCUCAAGCCAGAUGCCUCCUCUCGACGCUGGCAUCGGCCAUGUGCAGCCAACAUGCAUCAGAUGUGGAAAAACUGCAGCAAGAACUGAAAAACGUGCAGAGGGACAUGAAGGAUUUCAAGCAAGAGGUGACAAGGGUGAUCUGUAAAAUAGAGGGCACCCUCAGCUACAUGAUGGAGGUGGUAACAAGACUUGAAACCAGAAGCAACUGUGUGGAGCAGCAGCUGAGGGAAGAAGAAGACAGAGGCAUAGUACGGAACAAAGUACUCACAUUCUUGCUGCCGAGGGAGAAAGAACUGCGGGAGAAAUGUGCUGAUCUAGAGAGGAGGCUUUGGAGGAAGAAUGUCUAGGCAAUAAUGCUGUAUCCUCCACCUUCUUAAUCUCUGCUGAACCUCCAAGAAAGCUCCUAUUGUCUGGUUGAGGAUUGUCAGAAUGAUUGAUGUAUUCUUGCAGGAUGGAGAUAAUAUAGUGCUCUAGCUCUGGAAGGCAAGGGCUUCACUCUGGGGAUAGCAACAGAUGAUUCUCCGCAGCGUAACAAUGGAUGUCAUGUGAUAGUCAAAGGACCAUGAAACCCAAGAAAUCCUGAUCAAAAGAGUGUUCUGUCAGAUCCAUGAAUAACGUACCUACCACUGUCUGGGUUCAUGGUGCUAUCCAUUUGACAAGAAAUUAGCAAGAAAUAGAUUCAAGUCUUGGACACCAGCCUUCAUCCUGUUGGAUCCUUAUCUGCAGCUAAUUACAGUUCACUGCACUAGAGGGUGCAUGGAACGCAAUGGCAGCAUCUAGCAUGGACAUAUAAUUUCAACCACAACCUUCACCCAUUCUGCUUAUCCAUGAUGAGACAACUGAGGUACAGAGGUGAUGUCCAAGGUCAGACACCACAAGGCAGUGGCUGUACCAGAUCUCCUGAGUCCCAGUGCGCUGCACUAGAACACACUGCCCCAUCAGGCUUUCAGGUACUGGCCCUUGUUGGAAACAGGAGACUGGAUUAGUCAUUGGAUCUGCCAAGCACAGCAGAAAAACAUACAAUCAGCAGUUGCCCACCUACUUCUAAUGUGUAUGAAGAGUAUGGACAUGUUAAGAAAGUCCUCUGCAUGUGGAGAACCACUAUAUUAGCAGACCCUUGUAAGCUGGAGCAGUGGAGCCUGCCCACAGAUGGAAGAGGAAACCAUAGUGAGAUAAGUGGAAGUAUAUUUUGGAAGGCACUGUCACAAUUACAAAUUUCAAACUCAAUAGUCCUUGAGAAAUUAAUAAUACGGACAGUCUCCCCCAAUCUAUUUUAGUUAGUAAUUAGCAGUGUUAACAGCUAUUUCUGUUUUUAAGUCAUUAAUGCUUGCACUUGUAACACUGGCCAGUAAAUAAUGGUUACAGGUUGAUGUGCUGUGGUAGGCUUAAGAUGAUUGCAAUAUAUUAAUUUUGUUAACAUUUCCUGUCUUGCGGUAUUAUUAGUUCAAAUUACUGUUUCUUUAAAAAUCCCCAACAUGCUUUGAACUCCACAGCUUGUCUUUAUGAAGGAUAUAGACACAACAAUAGUGAAAAUAUUAUUAAAUUACAUAUUAUUAUUAUUAAAAUAUAAACCAAUUACUGUGUGUGUCUGUGUGUAUACACACACUGUAACGUUACCAAAAAUAACUAGGAUUAAAAAUGAGUGCUUAUACAUUUUACUCUCCCCAUAAAAAUAAUAUUUUGUGGACCAAAUUAGUUCAGGAAACAUUCUUAAAAAUUUAAAAUACACAUUUAUGCAGGAGAUACACAUGAGCAUUUCUUGUCAUACAUUAAAGGAGAUCAUAACAUAGUAAUAGUUAUAAGCUGAUCAAUGUACUAUCUCUAUUAGAUACAAAAAUCAUGCAGCCCAGCAUCAAUGGGCAUUUUGUGGGGUGAUCAUGGCUUGAUGGAUAAGGGGUGUUGUGUGUGUGUGCGGGAUUGUUUUUCUAGGCAUGUUUUUUUUGCAUCUAUUGGUAGAUACACAUACAUACACAUUUAAGUACCCUCCACACGUAUUGUAACAAUCCCACUCCCCUCUGUAAUUAUGAUUUUAAUUCCAUAGAUUUAUUUGAAAUUUAAAAUGUGACUGAUCAGAUUUAUUCCUAGCUAAGAAUCAAUAGAAAUAAAAUUUGACAUUUAAAUUUAUUUUGUAUCCGUAUAGAAAAAUGUAAACUACAAAGGUAAACACAUGGUUUAAUAGGUAUAACUUUUGUUUUGUAUUGACUGACUUUUUAAUUUACACUAUUAGAGGUAUAAGCAUAUUCAUUUGCAAAAAUGAAUAUGCCAAAAGGCCAAACAAUUUUUUUUUAAACAUGUAAUUAACUCAAGCUCAGUUAAAAGGGUAGGAAACUGGCAGUGAUUCAAAUACUAAGGUAAUGUCUAAUUUAAUUUGCUUAGGUUUAAUUUUUUAAUCUAGAUAAUUGCUCUAUGGUUACUAGUAACAAUGUUAUCUCAUAGCUGUAAUAUUUGGUACAGUACUUAAUUAUGAAUUAGGGUUUUCUUUGCAAUAAAGCAACGGUGCUCACUUAUUUUUAGAAAACUGCAUUCAUAACAAAUCCGUAAUCCUCACAGCAAUGCUGCCUACUGAUACUUUUUCAUUUGUUUCCCCAAAAGACUUCUGGAAUCAUCAUUUAUUCUUUUGGGUUUUAAAGAAUGCCAGCAACUGCUCUAAGCUUAAUGAAAGUAAAAACAUUAACUUUGUUGGGUUCUAGCUCCUGAUUCUCUUCCAGUUUCCAACCCACAAGAUUGAUUUUAAAAUAAACAAUUGCAAAAAGGAAUGAUUAAAGGCCAAGGAAAAGAGAAAGUGAAGAGCCAAAGGUGUUUUCUUAAUUUAAAAUAUAUAUGGGAAAUAGUAGCUUAGCAUAACAUACAAAUGGUAUAUAUUGUAAUACCUCAAAGUGAGAUGGCAACCAACCAUGUGUAACGUUUCAAUGGUAUCCAUUUGUAAAAGCCGUUGCAAUCAAAGGUCCCUAAAAUUGUACAAUUAUUAAGGUCAUCAGUGUUCUAUACAUGGGAACAGAUUAUUAUUAAUUUUUUGGCAAGUAAUUAUCAAAGGACUUGAAAGACUGUGUUGCCAGCAUGAAUAUGUGUUUAAGAAAGCUGUUCUCUGGUCACCACUGACUUGAUGUGUUGAAUUCUAAUCUUACGUUUCCAAGACACUAAUCUUCUCACACAUCCCCCUCUAAAUUUUGGGUUUUUUAAACAUUAGGAUUAGUAAAUGGACAAUGUUAAAAAAAUAAAGAAUAAAAAAGACCCCCAUGUUCUCAAUAAGGUUAUGCGGGGAGAGGAGGAAUUAGGAGGCUGCCAAUCUGCACAUCAGAGAGAAAAUACUUCCUUAAAAAAAUGAUAGUACAGACAAAACAAGAUGCCAAAUGUUGUAUUAUUAUUAUUAUUUGACAAUCAGGACAUUGCAGAGGUCAAAGUGCACAAGUUUUCAAGAACAAACAGGUCUUUUUCUUUAGGCGAAAAGUGGAAAUGAGGGGUGUUGUAAGUGGUGAUAGAUGGCAGUUUAAAUUGAUGUAGCUCUUGGCAGAAUAAUAAUAAUCCACAUUUCAGAGCACCACUGAUCCAAUGAGAUUGUCAAGUUACUUAAGUGACUUUACGAUGGGAAUGGAAUUUAACAAGAAUUCACAAUAUUAGGGCACCACUAGAAGGCUGCAAAAAGGUAGCUGAUUUCCCAUUUCAAAGACUGACAGCCACUAAAGAGAUUCAAACACAUUCAUGCUAACGCACAGAGAUUUGGAGAGCGAGGACCUCUGUCUCCAAAACUGCACAAAAUAAGUUUCAGCUCCAUACAGUAGGACUGAUUUCACAAGCAGAAAAGAGGCCAAGAAACACCUGGCGACGCAACCUUCAGGCUGAUAGCAAGAAAAUGGGCUAUACCUGGAACCAGAUAGAGCGAAUGGCCCAGGACAGAGGACUCUGGAGAUCUGUGGUUGGUGGCCCAUACCCCGACUGGGGUGACGGGCGUGAGUGAGUGAGUGAUGUGUUUUGACUUAGUUGUGUGUCUUGUUACAAACCAACUGGCUGUGCUCUGAUCAUUCACUGUGUCUAGUAAAUUUUCACCUGUACCUGAA